UAAACAUGGGAUAAAAUCUAUCGCACCGGUGGGUACAUUUUGUACCAAGAUCUGUUGAAGUACUUGAGAAUAGCAGGUCUGCAGGUAAUUUGAAGUCGACAUGGCAAAAAAUGUUACCCUAUCAGCUUUCCCCAAUGAGGUUUUGGUGGACGACAGAUUCACUGUCCGUGUGACAGGACUGGGUUCGAAUCAGAGGGCAACUAUCCGUUCUGUGGUCAGGGAGGGCAGUAUGGCUUUCAGUGCGUGCGGUUGUUAUAUGGCAGAUAAUGAUGGCUGUAUCGACGUGUGUGUCCAGCCGUCCGUAUCAGGUACUUACACCGGCGUUGAUCAGAUGGGACUAGUGUGGAGUCUACAGCCGAUACCUGGUCAGAGACCAGGGCUACGUCUCUUUAAGAAGGACGUUACCACCGCACAAACGAUUAAGUUUGAAGUCUUCACAGAGCAUCGCGCUUUUGAUCAUCUUCACGAAAUUUCUAUUCCACCGCUGUCCACGACUGAAGUGCUGCGGUGGUACAAAGGCAAGAACGUAAAGAGAGUUCCGGUGGAGGUAGGAAAUAUACGGGGCGUGCUGUUUAUACCGCCAGGUAAAGGCCAAUUUCCCGGAGUGAUGGACCUGUUCGGCUCAGCGGGUGGGCUUAUUGAAUACCGUGCUUCCCUUUUGGCCUCUCGUGGGUUCGUCGUGUUAUCACUGGCAUACUUCGGAUACAAAGACCUGCCCGAGUCGCUUUUUAGCAUCUUGAGCAUCGACUAUUUUAAGGAAGGCGUCCAUUAUCUAAACAGUCACCCUAGUGUUCAGCCUGGUGGAGUAGGGAUUCUUGGUGUAUCUAAAGGGGCUGAAAUAGCGCAGCUGGUAGCUCUACAUUCUCCACUGGUGAAGGCAGUGGUCAGCAUCAAUGGUAUCCCAUACGUCACACUACGACCGUACAGUCAUGGCGAUGACGUCAUUCCAGUCGUAAACAACUAA